AUGCCCUUCACUCAGAAACACCCAAUCAUUCUACUCAAAUUCUCAGUUACAGCACUCAUAAUCGAGCAUGGACACCUCCUAAAUCUCCACUCCGGAACUCAAGCUACCUUAUAUGCCUUAAGGAGAUCUUACUGGCCUAUCGACGGCCGUAGUCAAGUUUGGAGCACGCUGAAGAAGUGCGUACGUUGCUGCCGAGCCAAUCCACCUCCAGUAGAGUACAUAAUGGGCGACCUUCCAGCUGCACGGAUAACGGAAUCUCGUCCAUUUACCAACGUCGGAAUCGAUUAUUGCGGACCGUUCUACAUCAAGGAACGAAAGGAUCGCAACCGACGAAAAAUCAAGGUAUAUGUAGCAAUCUUCGUAUGCCUUGCAGUUAAAGCAGUCCACCUCGAGCUGGUCACCGAUCUCACUAGCGAGGCCUUCAUUGCUGCUCUGCGAAGAUUCAUCGCUCGCCGAGGAUUCUGUGUAACAAUUUAUUCUGACAACGGCACCAACUUCGUUGGCGCCAACAAUGAAUUACGAGAGCUCCGAAAUCUCCUGCAGUCCGACGAUCAUAAGGUAAAGAUUCAGUCCUUUUUAGCCGAUCGACGAAUCGAAUGGCACUUCAUUCCUCCCAACUCACCUCACUUCGGCGGGCUGUGGGAGGCUGCGGUGAAGUCCUUCAAACGACAUCUCAGACGUGUCGCAGGUAACGAGCUCUUAACAUACGAAAAUUUGAACACACUGAUCAUUGAAAUCGAGUCUAUCCUCAACUCCCGUCCUCUGACUCCAAUAUCAUCUGACCCAAACGAUCUUCUUGUCCUUACUCCCGGUCACUUCCUCAUCGGAGAUGCACUAACAAGCUUUCGAGAACGAGAUUUCCGGGACACUCCAUCCAAUCGUCUCUCCAGCUGGCAACAUAUUCAAAGGGUCAAACAACAUUUCUGGCGCCGCUGGCAUCGAGAAUACCUGAACGAGCUGAACAUCCGAAAUAAAUGGAGCAAGGGCAGUCACGACAUCCGAGUAGGCACCGUAGUAGUCUUCAGGGAGGAUAACUCGAAACACACCUUGAGAUUAUUGUUCAUUGCGGUAAAACGUGGGAAAAGCGAGUUUUCUCGUGUUGGAUACUCGAGGAGGACUUCUAUCCACGAGCAACCGUUAGUGGAGGGCGGACAGCACCCAUCACUAGUUUUCUUCAUAGACCUCAGCAUCACCGGACAUCACGAUCGGAAGACCUUAAGAUGCUACUAA